CUGUUCCCGAUGUGUGUGUCAUCUGUGCCAGCCCCUGCGCGCAGUCCUAUCCCUGGAAAGAAGGGGGAAGCUUGAAAUGGUCCGGAUUCGUUUUUUGUUUCAUUAGUUUGUGUUCUGCGUAAUCUUCUGGUGACGUUAAUGUUUCCCGAGGGAAGCUCGCGGAGAACAAUUGUUUCUUUCCAUGCUGUAGUUUUGCUCUCGAGUUGAAAAUAGGAUCAUUAGGCUGGAAAUUUAAAGGUUGACUAUAACUCAAGGCGAGGCACAAAAUAAAGCUGGAAUGUGCCCAACCCUCAUAUAGGCGGAACAAAAAUGUAAAUAAUUCUGUGAAGCUUAAACAACAGUUUGCAAUCUUUCUGCAAUUUUCCUAGAAUUUUUUAUCAUCUAAAGACUGAAUAUGGACCCUGAAAGUGAAAUAAAGAAGCAAAUAAACCCCUUUUACUGCAAUAUUUGCAAAAUCUGGUGUUCUUCUGCAUUAAACUUGCAGACUCAUUUCCUUGGAGCAAAACACAGGACGGUUGAAGAAGCACUGAAAACUCAUGGCAUGCUUAAAACAGAAAAUUGCUUAGGGAAGAAAUUGAAAACACCCGUGAAACUUCCUGAUUUUGUUAAAACAGAAGGUUGCUUAGGGAAGAAAGUGAAAACACCUGGGAAACUUCCUGAUUUUGUGCCACUUGAGGCAGAGAAGUUUAAUGGCCAGACAUUGGAAGACCAGCUUAAUACAUGUAAAGAUUCAGAACCUGCACUUGGGCUUAAUUACAUAAUAGAAUACCGAACAAAAGACAAUGUUCCUUUUCUCUAUGAAUGUCAACUAUGCUACUGUAAAACAGGACUGAGUAACAUGUUCAUGCAUGUUUGUGGUUCCAAGCACAGACUGGCAUACUUGAGACAACAUUAUCCAGAGAUAGCACAAUCUGAUGAAGUUAAGGGUAAAGGCUCUGAACUAAACAAAAGAGUUAGGCAAAUUGGAUUAACAAUUGAGAAGAAAGAAGGAAGAAAACAAAUACAGGUUGUUACAGGUGUUCCAACAGUGAGAAGGAAAUGGCAAGAAUCUCUCAGUGCAGAGGACAGCCCUUCAAAAGCUAAAGUUCAGCAUGUCAAUGCACCCCUUAAUAAUGCAGGAAAAACAGAUAAUAAAGAUGGGAAACUGACAGACCCUAUGCAAGAUGAAAAUAAUGUUCAGGAUGAGAAUGAAGAAAGGCAGAAAGAACAGACAAAACCAGAUGAAAAAGUUGAACCUAACAAUGCUAUUGAAAGCAGCAAAAGCAACAACUCAGAAUGGUGUGAGACUAAUAAACAAUCAGAGGAAGAAAACAAGGAUGCCCAGAAAGAAUUUAUAGCGGAUCCUGAGGAAUUCACUAGUCAAGAAGAUCUGUUGGGUUAUUUGCAAUGUUUUGAGAUACUGAAUGAAGAUGAUGCUUCAUUUAUCCUGAAAGUUACACAGACUCUUACAAAUGCACUGGUGGAAUAUCGUCAGCAGGCUGCAGCAAACAAAGACCACUUAGGUGCUGGAUAUAAUGGAGAAGCAGCACUGGAACAUUCCACAGAACAGCCUGUCCCCGCUUCAGCAGAUAUUAAUGAGUCUGACACUGACUCAUCAGCUAAGCUGUUCUUACCAGCCAAUGAAGAUGAACCCCAGAACUUUUCAACUGGCUCUUUGGAAACAGCAUAUGAGAACAACAUCACGACGGAAUUUUUGAAAAGUGUAAGAAACAUGAAUGCUGAGGAAGUUACUGACACCCUACACAAAAUAGUAGCAUCAAAUCCAGCUUUCAGAGGAAUUGAUAUACCGAAUGUUAUAAGGAUCCUGACUGAAAGUGGAACUCUGAGGGGACCAAGCAAUGGCAGCACACAGUGACAUGGUACUUAAUAGAGAUAAUAUAGCAAUGUUUAUUUUCUGUAAGUUUGUUGUUUUACUUCAUUUGACCUCAGUGGAGUUAUUUUGUAACGUUUAAGUUUUGUACAGUGUUUUUUAAAUUAAACUAAUAACUUGGUUUUGAUAUUCUUGUUAUUUAUUUUUCCAUUUAGCUGAAAGUUCUGUAUUGUGGUAAGGUUGUAAAGCUCAUUCUUUCUGUGUUAAAACAGCUUUUUAAAACAGGUAACUUGCUUUCUUUAGUAUUAUUAAAUACUGUACACUGACAGUCUGAACUUUUCUUAUUGUUGGUUCUUUUACAAAGAAUUAUCAGCAGAAUGAACUACUGCACUCAGCACUACAAACUCACCCUACAACAAAUGCUUGGAAGUUAUUCCCUCUGGCUGCUGGGACUGACUAAAAAGCCUUUAAUCAAAAACCCUUUCCCAUAAAAGGGUUAUGAACAGGUCUCCACUUUUUUUUCUUAAUAAGAUUAAAAAUAAUAAUAAAAAGGCACUGCUGUCAGUCUUAUGCUGAGAUGAGAAGUGCCUGGAUUAUAGCUGACUUAGGGAGCGUAGAAGCUCAGCAAAGUUAGUAGAAGUUAGGUAUAUUUUGCAAUUUUAGAGAUAGAUCCCAACAGGUGUAACCAGGCUCUGGCUAAGAGGCACUGAUGUGGUGGCAAAAGUAUCUUUUGUCUUUUACCCUGCCAGUAAUGAGAAUAAAAUGAAAGCUAGCUUACGCUGUCCUUCAGGCUCCUUUAACAUGAACUUUUUUCCAGCUAAAGUAGUAUUGGUUCUGAAUGAAUGUACAUGUCUAUAUAUUAAUGACUUCUACUUUUGUAGGAGGGUGAAAAAACGUUUUAAAUGGUUAUAAAUUAGUUUGCUUGGGAAAAAAUAUUUUUUUAAAGUGAUUAAAAUUCGCUUCAGUUGUGAUGCUGGGUAGCAUUCAGUGGUUCUAAUUAAAGCUCUUCAUCUUUGCAGCCAAAUACUGGUGUAAUUUAGACAUGCUGGGGCCAGAUGGUAAAUGAACUUUUUAGUGUUAACUUACGUUUUUUUUUGAGAUCUGGAUGGAAUUUGAGAAUCCUCAUCCUGAUGGUUUCACAUCUUCAUACCAUGGAAUGCAAGAUGCAGUAAAACUAAGGUAACAAAGAAAGCAGCAACAAAAUCUAUGAGUUUUAUUAAAUGAACAGACCCAGGAAGGAAAACAGUUCACAGAAAAAUUAAAACACUGUGUUUUAAAGAAACUCUGAGGAAUUUCUGGAAUGCAUCUAAAUCUGUUCUUAUCAGAGGCAGAGAUGGAACCAGAGUUCUUACAGUUCAUUUACUCUGUAUAGGAACAAUUUUAAUGCCUGCUUAAUGGAGGUGAACUUAAUCAGUAAAAAUUCUGAAUUCUGAAAAUAAAAAUAGAAACAUCUUUUUCCUGUUUGUUUUCAAGAUGCAGAACAAUCUUUGUAUUAAAAUAACAAAACCAGAAUAUUCAGCUGUUGUAAAUGACCAUCUCUGAGACAGCUUUUUUUUUUUUUUUUUUUACUGUGGAGUCAUUCCAAGUGGAAAUAAAGUUACAAUAAAGUUGAAAUAACUUGGA